GAAGCUUUUAGAAUCUGGCUGUAGGGAGAAGGAGACCAUGGUUCUGUUUGUUUAUCUGAGUGCUGUUGUUCCUCGAGUGGUUUUUAUCUUGCACACCGUGUUAGCAGUUUGGAGAGUAACUUUAGUGAAGAAUGAUCCCUUAUACUGGCUGCUGUUGCUUUUGAUCUUGCUGACACUUGUUGAGAUGAUUGUCACUCUAACCGUUCGGAAAGGGAAAGAUUACAGAGGGAUGGACGCACUUGCAUUGGACAGUUCAGUGAAGGGUCACGAGGUUAAUUCCUCGGCCAAUGAGGGAGACCGCAGCCGCCUGUUCUUGCCACCGCUGCAGACGCCAGGGGGAGCUCCCUCACCACCCGCUCUUCCCGUGUUGGUCUGCGAUACCAUCGCUGCUGCUGAAGCUGCCACCUCCCUGGUCUCUUCCUGCUGCCUCCGGAACUUGCCCGGGGCUCGCACGCCAACAUACUGCCAGAAUUUUGUCCCAUCAACGGAAGCACCAGCUACAAAAGGGCGUGAGAAUUCCAGUAGCACCAUCAAUGUGGUCAUUGACUUUUUGAACAGCACACUGGACUGGACACUAGGCUUUCACCAAACGCUCAUGAUUCUACUGAUAGUAGGGAAAUGGAUACUUCCAAUGGGAGUGGGCAUCAGCCGAGACCAGCUAUCCCAGCUCCUCCUAACGUUUGUGGGAAUUGCAGCUGAUAUCUUAGAGUUUAAGAGUGAAACCUUGUCAGAGAAAGGGGUCAGAUGCCAUCCUGAAUUGGUAUAUGCAAUUCUGGCUCUUUGGACAUGGAGUAUGUUGCAGUUCCCUUUAGACCUUACAGUGCUUCAGAAAACAGAAGAAUCAUAUCCGCAGGAAGACAGGCCAAAAAAGAAAGAUCACUUGCACAAAUACAGCGCGGACCUCUGGAAUAUUACCAUAAGUAUAUUGAUACAAGACGGACCCUUCUUCACCUUUCGAUUGUUCUUGAUGUUCCACCAAGGGAUUGUUCACCAGAUGCUGGUGUUCUUCACAAUCAAGAAUGCUCUUGUACUGACCCUACAGAUUUACCGGUUGACCUUGAUAUAUUUAGAAAUGCGGCAAUCAAAUGAGAGGCAGCAACUGACACCCCCUGAGGACAAUGUUCCCACAUAUAACACCGAGAUGGGUGACAUUGCUGAGUAGCUGUACCUCUUCUUGCAGAAGAGGAUUGGAAUGGGGUGACAUUUGAUUCACUCCCUCAAUACUGCCCUGGGAGUGUCAGUGGAGAUUUUGUGGUCAGAUCUUAACAAUGAGAUUUGAACUCAGAAUCUCCUAACUUCAGUUGGGAAUUAUGAUGCGAAUGUAUUAACACAUAUAUAGUAUGUACCUGAUUUCUUUUAUUAAAGAGUCAUACACCAUAGAAACAGACCCUUUGAUCCAACCAGUCCAUGCUGACCAUAAUCCCAAACUAAACUAGUCCCACCUCU